GAGCGGAGGCAGAAAAUUUACCAGGUCUUUGAAAGCGUGGCCAAGAAAUACGAUGUAAUGAAUGACUCAAUGACUCUAGGGAUUCAUCGAGUGUGGAAGGAUAUCUUCGUGCAUAAAAUGAACCCCUCCCCAGGAACACUGCUUCUUGAUGUUGCUGGAGGAACAGGUGACAUUGCCUUUCGAUUUAUUAAUUAUAUUCGCUCUGCACGAGAACGCCAGCUCCAGCGGAAGCUGAAGAACCAUCAGAAUUUAUCUUGGCAGGAAAUUUCCAAGAGUUACCAGGAAGACCAGUUUAAGUCACUAGGGGAUUCCCAAGUGGUGGUGUGUGACAUUAACAAAGAAAUGUUAAAAAUUGGGAAGCAGAAAGCAGAGCGUCUUGGCUACUGCGAAGGUUUGUCCUGGGUGCUUGGAAAUGCUGAAGAAUUGCCCUUUGAUGAUGAUAAGUUUGAUGUUUACACAAUUGCCUUUGGAAUCCGAAAUGUAACUCGUAUGGAUUUGGCACUCGAGGAGGCCUAUCGGGUGCUGAAACCAGGAGGAAGAUUUCUCUGCCUUGAAUUUAGUCGUGUCAGCAACCCUCUUCUUUCCAGGCUCUACGAUCUGUACAGUUUCCAGGUUAUCCCUGUUCUGGGUGAAGUUAUUGCUGGUGACUGGAAGUCAUACCAGUAUCUUGUGGAGAGCAUCCGACGUUUCCCCCCUCAGGAGGAGUUUAAAGCAAUGAUAGAAGAUGCAGGCUUUUUUAAAGUGGAUUAUCAGAAUUUAAACUCAGGCAUUGUAGCCAUUCACUCAGGUUUCAAACUGUGA